AGUCAGUUGUCCAUAUUGUUGCUGUGAUCGAAUGUCGUAAAUUAUAGGUGUGUCGGGCGAGCAAAAAAUCGAACUUUUGGAAAUCAAAUUUUUGGUAGUGGUGUUUUGAUUAAAAGCAAGGUUCUGAAUGGGGACCAUUACGCGUGAGAAUUUCGAAGUUGUCGGUCGGAGUUGUCUAAUGUUUAUAUAAAAAAAGGCAAUAUUUUUUUUCUGUUUGUCAACGUGAGCUCUUGACUUGGUUAGGAGUUAUCUUUUCACAAGUGGUGUAAUAAAAUAAAGUGAAAACCAAGCAAAAAAAAAGUAAAAAUAACGGUGAAAUAUGAACAGAGCGAAAGAGAGAAACGAGCGCAAGCCUAAUCCAAUGCUGGAAGCCAAUUUUUUUUCCAAAUGGUUCUUUUGGUGGUCCCGCGAGACUUUCAGGAGGGGCUACAGAGAGCAGUUACAGCCAGAUGAUUUGUACGCACACCUUCCCUCCUUGGACAGCAGAAUUGUGUCACAAGCUCUUAUCAAACACUGGGAGAAAGAAGUCCGGCGAAAGCAUCCAAAUCUCUUGCACAUGAUUUUUCGCGCGUAUGGAUGGAAGUUUGUUCCAAUUUGCAUUUUAUAUUCGCUCUUGGAAAUUUCUAUACACUCUUCGCAGCCCUUAUUUUUGGGCGGCCUGGUAUCCUAUUUUGCGGAGGGGCAAACAAAUAUCACAAAACACGAGGCGUACCUAUAUGCAAUGGGCAUAGUUUUGUGUUCACUUGUUGCUACAUUGUGCUUCCACCCGUUCAUGUUCUAUCUGUUUGAGGUGGGGACCCGUAUACGGUUGGCGUGCUCGGGCUUGGUAUAUCGAAAAUGCCUCCGGUCGUCAGUGACGGCUGAGAACAGUGGUAUGAGUGGAUUCGCCAUUUCCGUACUGUCUGCAGAUUUACCUCAAUUUGAUAUGACGUUCUACUUCUUUCAUGAUCUCUGGAAGGGUCCAUUGGAGGCUUGUGUCAUGGGCUAUCUCAUGUACUUGCAAAUCGGAUGGCCUGCCCUAGUGGGUUUGGGUGCCAUCAUACUGUUUAUACCCCUGCAGGCAUGGGCAGCCAAGGCAUCGGCCAUCUUCCGAUACAAAUCGGCUGAAUACGGAGACGAUAGAGUCAAGUUGAUGAACGAGAUCAUCACUGCCAUGCAGGUGAUUAAAAUGUACGCGUGGGAAAAGUCAUUUGCCAAACUAAUUGCAUUGAUACGUCAAAAGGAGAUAAAAGCUAUUCGUGGAUCUAUGAAUAUUUAUGCCGCUUUGCAGUGCACCAGUAUGAUAUCGAAACUGGCUCUAUUCUUGAGUCUUGUGGCCUACGUGUUCACAGGAGAAAUAGUGACGGCUAAGAAAGUGUUCAUAGUGUCUUCCUAUUACGAAGCACUUAACGAGUCACUGCUGCAUUUCUGGCCAUUGGCUGUUACCACCUGGGCUGAAACGGUGGUCUGUGCACGUCGUGUAGUCAUGUUCCUCAUGCAGAGCGAGGAUCCCGCCGACGGUGGCAUUGAAAAUUUCGGAAUGGACAACGACGACGGGAAGGGAAAUUUCAGUGGACGUAUACACAAUCCGAGAGCCAUAAAGAAAGGUGUGAUGCUUCACAAUUUGACAGCAAGCUGGGACAAGGUGGAGUCCGAUAAACGACGCAGGCACAUCGACAACGUAAGCGCUACCAUAACCGAGAGACAGUUUGUGGGAAUUGUCGGCGGUGUGGGAUCCGGUAAGACCACCCUUCUGAAUGCGAUACUUGGUGAAUUAGAGAUUAUAAUCGGAAAUGUCGAAGUCAACGGUCUGAUUAGCUAUGCACCCCAGGAAGCGUGGAUAUUCGAGGGCUCGAUUCGGGACAACAUAAUAUUUGUGGAGAAGUACGAUGAAUCGCGGUACAACGCCGUCAUACAUGCAUGUGAGUUGGAAAGGGACAUGGCGCUUUUCCAGUUUGGCGACUCAACGAUCGUUGGGGAACGUGGUAUAAGCUUGAGCGGAGGUCAAAAAGCCCGAAUAAGUUUAGCCCGUGCGGUUUACAGGCAAGCAGAUAUUUACGUAUUCGAUGAUCCUCUGUCAGCUGUGGACUCCCAGGUGGGCAAACGGCUCUUCCGGAAGUGCUUCAAUCGUUUCUUGGGAGAUAAAAUACGGAUACUGGUUACCCAUCACAUCCAACACUUGAAGAAUAUCGACCAUUUGAUAUUGAUGGAAAAUGGAUCCGCCACCGAGCAGGGCUCUUUUGAGGCUUUGAAGAAAAACCUUCGAUUCCGUGCGCUGUUGGAACAGGAAGAAGAAGAAAACAAAAGCAACCCCACACAUACCGAUAGCAUAGUGGAGAGGUGCAAAGAAGACGAGACCGAGAAAACCGACCCAAAUGCAAGUGAGACCUUGAAAGUUGACAAAGGGGAGGAUCGAAAGGAGAACCAAAUGCAAGGGUCUGUAAAAAUCCAUACCUAUAUGGCAUACUUCCAGGCUCUUGGUAUGCCCUGGAUCAUUAUCUUGGUUUUCAUGCUUUUCGUAAUGGCCAGAGGUUGUCAGGCUGCUAUGGAUAUUUUUAUUUCACGAUGGGCCACCUUUGAAGAGUCAUUACCGACAAAACAUGACACCUACCCGGAGUAUAUGGCUAAGCGCAAGCAUCUCAUUGUCAUCUAUACGAUAUUCAUUGUCUGCACACUGGUACUCUACAUCAUGCGUACUUUCGGGUUCUUCAUGAUCUGCUUGAAGAUUUCAUUACGCCUGCAUGAUCGUCUAUUCAAUGGGAUAAUCCGAGCUUAUAUGUAUUUUUUUAACACCAAUCCCUCGGGACGGAUUCUUAAUAGAUUUUCCAGUGAUAUAACAAAUAUCGAUAUAGCAUUGCCCCAGGCCAUGUUGGACUCAAUUCAGUUUUUUGUGAAUGCCCUUGCUGUGCUAGUUGUUGUGGCCCUCGCUAACUAUUGGCUGCUCAUACCUGCAUUCAUUGUGAUGGUUCUGCUUUAUUUUUGCCGCAAUCUUUAUAUUGGAGCCAGUCGCAGCCUUAAGAGGAUCGAAGUAAUGGCUCGAAGUCCUGUCUACUCACACACAAAUCAGACAUUCCAAGGGCUAACUACAAUACGGGCACUCAAUGCCACCAGACAGUUGGAAGCGGAGUUCCAUAGCCACCAAAAUAACAAUACGUCGGCUUUAUAUCUAUAUGUGACUACGAACAGGGCAUUUGCCUUUUGGACAGAUUUGAUUUGUAUCCUGUAUAUCUUCGCAGUCACAUUCUCCUUCCUGCUGAUUAACCAUGAGUUUUACAGUGGGGAUGUGGGCUUGGCUAUUACACAAUCCAUGUCGCUGGUGAUAAUGUGUCAAUGGGGCAUGCGGCAAACCGCCGAGAUGGAAAAUAACAUGACUAGUGUUGAACGAGUAAUCGAGUAUAUUGAACUUCCUGCAGAGCCGAGUUUGGAAAGCGAUCUCUCUGUUAAAUUACCUGAGUCUUGGCCUGAAAUGGGUCGCAUACACUUUAAUGACUUGAAGCUCAAGUACUCCAUGGACGGUGACUAUAUCUUGAAAGGGUUGAACUUCUCCAUCCGUCCCAUGGAAAAAAUUGGGAUAGUGGGCAGGACGGGUGCCGGCAAGUCAUCGAUUAUACAGGCGAUUUUUAGGUUGGCCCACAACGAGGGUCUGCUCGACAUUGACAGUUUUGAUAUUGGGACUUUGGGCCUGCACGAUCUUCGAAGUCGAAUUUCGAUUAUUCCUCAAGACCCCAUAUUGUUUUCGGGCACAUUGCGCUUCAAUCUCGAUCCCUUUGACGAAAGAACUGAUGAAGAGAUUUGGCAAGCCCUCGAGGAUGUUAAGUUAAAGAGCCACAUCAAAUCUCUCGAAGGAGGUUUAGCCAGCCGCAUGUAUGACGGGGGCUCAAAUUUUAGCAUGGGCCAACGACAGUUGGUCUGCAUGGCAAGAGCUAUAUUAAGACAAAACAAAAUUCUCAUAAUGGACGAAGCAACGGCUAAUGUGGAUCCUGAAACUGACAAAUUCAUUCAAGAAGCUAUUCAUACAAAAUUUGAAAAAUGCACAGUGCUCACCAUAGCCCAUCGCCUACACACGGUAAUGGACAACGAUAGAGUAUUGGUCAUGGAUGCCGGUCGGGUCGUUGAGUUAGGUCACCCCUUCCAAUUGCUAGACAACACCGAUGGAUAUUUACAUAAAUUUGUUGAAAAAACUGGACCCGGCACCGCUAAUCAUUUACGCAACAUUGCAGAGCGAAGUUAUCGAAAGCGCGUCACAACCAAACAAUCCGAAAACCAAAUCUAA